GGCACAAUUUGUGUUUGAUAGAUAAAUUGUUGCUAGGAAACAACUGAUUGGAUUUUCUGGCAAUUUUAAUAUUAUAUUCAUUUCAAAACAAUCUUCAUAUCAAUUGAACACUUGAAAAGCUUAAAGAUACAAUAAAUGAUUGCGCAGACUUGAAUGAAAUCAAUUAAUUGUUUUAUCAUUUUCACACUCAGACCUUCAUUGUCUCGAAUGCAAAAUACAACGUUAAAUGAAAUGUCAAAAAACAAAUCAUUAACUUACUUUCAAUCAUAUUGUGUCGUCAACUAAUCAAACUUAAACUAAAUGACCACUUUUACCUUGCUCAUGCUCUAACCAUCCAGUAAUACAUUAACAGUAAUGUGGACCUUAAAGGAUUGCAAAACAAAACUUGAUUCAUCAGUCAACUGAGCAAGUUUCAACACAUCGUCCCAUCAAUGUCUAUUGUUAAAUGUAAAAUAAAAGUGAAACACUUGAAAACUUCAAGCUUAAUAUUUGACUUUACAAGAAGAGUUGCCAUGAAUUUAAUGUAGUUAUCAUUGAACCAACGUUUAAGCCAACAGACACUCAUGAAAUGAAUCUCAUGUUCAACUAAUCUCCAAUUGAUCAGCAAGUUUGCACACUCAACCCAACAAAAGGCCAUCAUCAUGGCGAUGGUAUUGUUUUUAAAUCGUGGCACUUUCCAAGCUGAAGACAUUCACAUUUCCGAUUCCCAUAUAAACGAAGACACUUUGGUGACUUUUGUCGAUUUUAUUCCCGGAGUCGUUGAACGAACCUGUUCAGCUGCCAUGUCCGGUGGAGCUGUUAAAUAUCAUUCAUUCAGAAGUCUCGUUGAUAUGGCUAACAGAUGGCUUCAACGAAAUCCCGAAUGGCGAGUUUUCAAUUGUGAAACUGUUCUUUUGCUCUACAAAUACAACGACAUUAAAAAUUGCAAUGAACUUCGUCCAAAUGAUUGCUGUUUUUACAUCUCAGGAUCGGAAAGGACAAACAUUCUUAAAGGUUUAAGAAUUUGGAUAAAAUUGAAACAACGAACGAUUCAACGCCACGGAUCAGUGUUGUAUCAAGAAUUGAAUUACACCGAUUUAGUUCCUGAGAUUGAUGAGAAGGGUUCAUUUAAAAAGCUUGACGAUUUGGUGGAACGAGCCAACAUUUUGAUCAGAAAAGAAGAGAUUCAGGGUCGAAUCAUUUGUGUUGAAACGGUCACUUAUGAAGCUGAUACUGAUUGGAAAGUUGAUCCAGAUGAAACAUUAUCUGCCCUUUCGACCAAAAAAUUAUUCAUUUUAAGAAUUUUUUACGAAGAAGGAUUACCUUUACAGGAAGAAAUUGAUAUAAUCGAUUUUGUGCCAAAACAUUUAUCUGGCGGAGGAUUUUUCAAGCGACCAAAAUUUGAAUCAUACACUCAAGUAAUGUCCAGAGCAUCUCAAUGGUUAUCACAGAAUAGGCAUUUAAAUUAUCGCAACGCUCAAUCAAUCGACAUUAAACUGAGCAUAAAAUCAUUAACCUCAGUCAAUACAAAGACCAUGUAUUACACCGAUUAUGGAAGUUAUAUUCGCAUUUUUCGAGUUUGUUGUACAAAAUCAUCACGAAUUCUUGAUCGUUCCAGUGCCACAUCAAACAAAAUCAAGUCAACAAUUCACCUUUCUUCCAGACUAUUUCUUCCAGUUCGGAAAAAGGAUACAAUUGGUGCUAUUCGUGAGCGUUUUGAAGAGUGGAUACACAAUGCCACUCAAGAAGCAAUUGAAUCGGAUACAAUUUCAGAGAUUAAAAUGAUUCGUCGUUUACGAGUGUUGAGUGCUGAAACAAUUUGCAUGUUUUGUAAAAGUUAUGAAGAAAGUUUAGAAGAGUCGAUUGAUGAACCCUUCCAUUACAACCGAUUUGGAGCCAAAAAUGGUUUCAUUUUCAUGAUUUUUCGUUUCUAUUUCGACUUUUCAACAGACACAAUCGGGACAAUCAACGGUAUCACAAUUAAACCUCCGUCGCCAAUAGUCAAUGCAAUCGAGAAAAUUUAUCCAAACAAAACAAUUGGAAGUCAAACUUGUAUUCUUAUGUGAUGAUUCAAAUGUGCAAAAUAAACGCAUUCAAAGUUGA